CCAUCACAUCGUUGGGGACGGAUCUACUAUAGUAGGGUUCAUAAACUCAAGAGUUUCGUAUCGUCAAGACGACCUAACCUGACUCAUGUAACAUCAUACACUGUAACAUGUGGUUAUGUAUGGGCUUGCUUGAUAAAAUCAGAGGAUACUGAUAUUAUAGUAGAAGACAAUGUAAUGGAAUAUUUCUCAUGUACAGUUGAUUACAGAGCGCGAUUUGAUCCUCCUUACUUUGGGAAUUGUGUUGUAUGGUACAUUGUAAGAACAAGGCAUGUUGAUUUAGUUGGAAAUGAAGGGUUUAUAAUCGCGGCAGAAUCAAUUGGAGAAACUAUUCAUAAAAGGAACAAGGAUAAGGAAUACGUUUCGAGUGGUGAGUGGUUGGAAGAUGCUGAUGGAGGAUUUUAAUCGCUUUCAGUUGCUGGAUCGCCAAAGUUUGAUUUAUACGCGACUGAUUUUGGCUGGGGAAGACCAGAAAAGUGGGAAUUCGUUUCUGUUCAAAGUUGUACGUUGAUGUCUCUUAUUAAGUCCGAGGACUCGAAUGGAGAUUUGGAGAUUGGUUUGUCUUUGCCUAAAACUCGAAUGAAUGCUUUUGCUGCUAUAUUUACCCACGGGUUGAUGUAGGUAACCUUUCAACUUUUAUUCACUUAAAAUUCGUACUAAUGUAACUUUCCUUUUUUAGCCAGUAUAGAUUAAUGACAUGUCUGUGAAUGAAUCAAUCUCCUAUCAUGGUUUUUUA